AUGAAAAAGUUUUUUGGACGGAAGAAACUUCGGAAAUCGAAAUCGGAUAUCGUCGAAAAAACGGAACAAAAUGGACAUGGUAGCGCUCCAGUGGACAUACCUCAAUCAAAAUCGACGAACAUUGUGAACCACAUUCCGUCGUCCUCUGACGAUUGGGAAGCAGUGUGCUCAUCGCAUGGCGAAGAGCGAAUCAAGAAUUUCGAUUCGGAGCUGGAUCGGCAUCCGAUGUCAAGUGAAGUGAACUUUCAACGGGGAUGCUUAGAUGCUCACAACGAUCUGCGACAAAGAUAUGGGGUUGCCCCAUUAAUCUGGUCAGCAGAAUUGGCCGAUAUGGCUCACGCAUGGGCGGUGAAGUUGUCGGACAGGGGAAGGAUGCUGUAUCCUGAAUUGCCAGGAAUAGGCGAAAACAUCUUGUUGACGGAUGCGAAUGACCACACGCAUUUGCCAACAGGAGCGGAGGUGGUCACACGUUGGGAGACGGAGGUUGAUCAGUUCGACUUCGAUCGACCGCGAUGGAGUCCGAAAUGUCAACGCUUCUCGCAGAUGGUCUGGAGGGAUACUACCGAGCUGGGUGCUGCAAGAGCAUGGAACACAGCAAAGAACUGUGUCGCGGUGGUGUGCUUCUAUCGACCCAGUGGUAACUCGAAUGCUCCGGGUGAAUUUGCGUCCAACGUGCCGUCACGAGACUGCUCAAUGUCGCCGGCUCGUAGCCUUGCGGGUCAGAUCAAGCGCUCUGUCACAAUAUCGGCUCCACCCGAUCACAAACGGGAUACCUAA